CAUCUUACUUCAGGUUGUUGUUGCUUUAGGCACAGCACCUACUACACCAGUCAAGAUGGCCCUCUCCGUCGACCACGUCAAUGGCCGCGAGUACAAGGUGAAGGACAUCGCCGAGGCUGACUUCGGUCGCCUGGAGAUCGACCUGGCCGAGGCUGAGAUGCCCGGUCUGAUGGCGUGCCGCUCCGAGUUCGGCCCCGCCCAGCCCUUCAAGGGUGCCAAGAUUACCGGCUCUCUGCACAUGACCAUCCAGACCGCCGUGCUGAUUGAGACCCUGACCGCCCUGGGCGCUGAGGUCCGCUGGUGCUCGUGCAACAUCUUCUCCACCCAGGACCACGCCGCUGCCGCCAUCGCCCGCGACUCCGCCGCCGUGUUCGCCUGGAAGGGCGAGACCCUGGAGGAGUACUGGUGGUGCACCGAGCAGGCCCUGACCUGGGCUGGCUGCGACGGCCCCGACCUGCUGGUGGACGACGGUGGUGACGCCACCCUGCUCAUCCACGAGGGCCUGAAGGCUGAGGAGCAGUACGCUAAGGACGGCACCCUGCCCAACCCCGACUCGACCGACAACGCCGAGUUCAAGAUUGUGCUGGGCCUGAUCCGCGACUCCAUCCAGAAGGACGCCACCAAGUGGACCCGCAUGUCCAAGAAGGUGAUGGGCGUGUCUGAGGAGACCACCACCGGCGUGAAGCGCCUCUAUGAGAUGCAGGCUAACGGCAGCCUGCUGUUCCCCGCCAUCAACGUGAACGACUCCGUCACCAAGUCCAAGUUCGACAACGUGUACGGCUGCCGCCACUCGCUGCCCGACGGCAUCAUGCGCGCCACUGACGUGAUGAUUGCCGGCAAGACCGCCUUCAUCGCCGGCUACGGUGAUGUGGGCAAGGGCUGCGCCAGCGCCAUGAAGGCCGCCGGUGCCCGCACCAUUGUGUCGGAGAUCGACCCCAUCUGCGCGCUGCAGGCCGCCAUGGAGGGCUACCAGGUCCAGCCCCUGGAGGACUGCCUGGAGACCGCCGACAUCUUCAUCACCACCACCGGCAACAAGGACAUCAUCAUGGCUGAGCACAUGGCCAAGAUGAAGAACAACGCCAUUGUCGGCAACAUUGGCCACUUCGACAACGAGGUGGACAUGGCCGGCCUGUACGCCUGGCCCGGCAUCAAGCGCCAGAACAUCAAGCCCCAGGUGGACCGCUUCAUCUUCCCCGACGGCCACGGCGUGAUUGUCCUGGCCGAGGGCCGCCUGCUGAACCUGGGCUGCGCCACCGGCCACCCCUCGUUCGUCAUGUCGUGCUCGUUCACCAACCAGGUGAUCGCCCAGCUGGAGCUCUGGAACGAGCGCUCCACCGGCCGCUACGAGAAGAAGGUCUACGUGCUGCCCAAGCACCUGGACGAGAAGGUGGCUGCCCUGCACCUGCCCAAGCUGGGCGUGAAGCUGACCAAGCUGUCGGCCGACCAGGCUGCCUACAUCAACGUGCCCGUUGACGGCCCCUACAAGCCCGCCCACUACCGCUACUAAGCGGCUCGCACUUGCGCGCGUGUGUAUGAGGCGGCAUGCUCCCGCGCGGAGCUGGCUUCGGCUGGUCUGUGUGAAGCGGGGCGCUGCGUGCGGUCUCGGUGAUGGGUGAGGCGGUCCUGAUUUGCUUCAGUGGUGUGAGCUGCGGCGGUUGCAGGCGAGCUUGGCGUUCCACGCAUGCUGUGGAGUGCUCUGGCGCGUUGCAACGGCUGGCGGUUGCAGCGGGAGCGGUGAUGCAGGAUGCUCGUGAGCGCCGAGGGAUCGUGUGCACAUACAUUAAACAGUACGGCAAUGGGGCAGAACCCUGCCCUGCGCAGUGACAUGUGGAUCGUCCCCUACAUGUUCGUGGUGGUAGUGUUCACUAGUGUCGUUUGGUGGUGUUUGUUUUGCUGGUGGUGUUCGAUGUAUGUGGGUGGUCAGUGUAUGGAGCCGGUGGGUUGCAGCUAGUUUGCAACACUGAAGUAUGAUGCGGAUAGGGACGGCUGCGCCGGAGCUGCUUGCCUUGGUCGGAGAGCGUAUGUCGUGUCGUGACCGACUGGGCGGCGUGCGCUGACGGUGCGAGUCAAACCGUGCGGCCGUAUGUGAUAAUUUAGGAUUCCCCUGUUCAGGGGCAAUGUAGCAAAGAGCUGGUAUUCGGACAUCUGUGACCGCCUUCGUGCGGACGCGUGAGGGGGCUCGCACAUGAGCUGUACGCAGUGCGCAACUGCUCGUGAUGUAAUGCCCCCCUUGGUCAUGCUCGUUUCACCAGACCGAGUGCCGGCGAAUUGGGGUGCGGAAGCUGAAUCAAGCCGUAAUAGCAACAAGCAGGACGGACAGCAAAUCGAGGUUAUCUCUGCAAUAGAUACCCAGGUUCUAGCUGCAAUGAAUGGAUGCCCGGAAAACUCUCCAAGCGCACCCAACACUUCUCCGGGCAUCCCGGCUGUCAGGCGGGCACACGCGUGGGGCACACGCUUGGUUGCAUAUAUCCGCCAUGGU